AUGCAAUCAGUAACGAAUCUAUUCAUAACUAAUCUAGCGGUGUCUGAUCUGCUAAUGUCCCUUGUUGCUGCUCCUUUCACACCAAUAUCUGCUUUCUCGAACACUUGGUUCUUACCUCGGUUCCUCUGCAAACUUCUUGGGUUCACGAUGGCAGUUUCUGUUUAUGUAUCCACGCUAUCCUCAACAGCGAUAGCUUUGGAUCGAUACAUGGUCAUUGUACAUCCCUUUAUCAGAAAAAUGGAAAAUUGGAUGUGUGGAGUUAUUAUUGCGGCCAUUUGGGCAAUUGCAACAAUGGUAUCUCUUCCUUUGGCCAUUUACCAAACUACAACUUUUGAUGAUAUUGAAAACGGGACUAUUUGUACGGAAACAUGGCCAACUUCUAAAUCUCGUCGGGUAAGUUUUUGA